CAUUGUGGAAACAGGAUGCAGUUGACCAGUGAAAAGUUGCCCAAGAACCCUUUUUAUGCCUCGGGAUCUCAGUACGCUAAUAAGCACCAAAAAUUCUUCCAAUGGAGAAAGGAAAAGCCUGAUCAUUACAGCCAUGCUAAUUUGGUGGAUAAGGCAUUGAAGCUCUUGAAGGAAAGAAUAAAAACAGGGGACGCUCUGGCAUAUUUUCUAAGAGGUCAACUGUAUUUUGAAGAGGGAUGGUAUGAAGAAGCAUUAGAACAGUUUGAAGAAAUCGCGGAGAAAGAUCACCAAGCAACUUACCAGCUAGGAGUGAUGUAUUAUGAUGGGCUGGGGACUGCUACAAAUGCUGAGAAAGGAGUGGACUAUAUGAAGAAAGUUCUCGAUUCUCCAUGUCCCAGAGCAAGACACUUAAAAUGUGCUGCUGCUUACAACCUUGGAAGAGCUUAUUAUGAAGGAGAAGGUGUCAAACGAUCAGAGGAGGAAGCUGAAAGACUGUGGCUUUUUGCUGCAGACAAUGGAAACCCAAAAGCUAGUGUGAAGGCUCAAAGUAUCCUAGGACUUUAUUAUUCAACAAAAGAACCAAAAGAAUUAGAAAAGGCAUUUUUCUGGCAUUCAGAAGCAUGUGGCAAUGGAAAUCUGGAGUCCCAGGGUGCUCUUGGGCUCAUGUACUUUUAUGGACAAGGCAUUCACCAGAAUACUGAAGCUGCACUGCACUGCUUACGAGAAGCAGCAGAGCAUGGGAACGUCUAUGCACAAGGGAUUCUCGUGGAGUAUUACUACAAGAUGAAAUUUUUUACGAAGUGUGUUGCAUUUUCCAGAAGGAUUGCUGACUAUGAGGUUCAUGACAUCCCCAGGAUAGCCCAGGUCACGGACUGUCUCCCGGAGUUCAUCAACAGAGGCAUGGCCAUGGCGUCUUUCUAUCAUGCACGGUGUCUUCAGCUUGGCUUGGGCAUCACAAAGGAUGAAGCAAAAGCUAAACAUUACUAUUCUAAAGCUUGUCAUCUGAAUCCUGCAUUGGCAGAUAAACUUCACUCCUUGCUUAUUCGUCAAAGAAUUUAGACACAAUGCAUUUCAGCAAAGAUCAUCACCUUAACACCAUACGAUGUGUGUAUUUUUAUAGCAGCUACGUUUGUUAUUUUCUGCAUUCCAAGUUACAUUGUCUUGGGUAUUUUACAGAUGAUGUUAUCUUCAUUCUUGAAUUUGUAUGCUGUAAUUUUUGCAACCUAAAACUUAGCCACAGGAUCAAAUUUCUGGAAGAGUCCUCAGAGAUCCAUCUCUAA